ACUGCAUUGUCGAACGUAUUAUACAAGCUUAAAAGUGUUGAAUCAUUUCUGUUGAACAAAUAUUCAUAAUAUUUGACAUGAAUUAUUAUAUUUAAAUAAUUUCAUCGCGAUUGGUCUGCAACGAAUCAAUAAUAUGUGAAAUAUACGUGAAUCAUGUCACAAAGUCAUUUUAAGUUCGAACGAAAAUCAAGUGGUGUGUCGAGAAAACUAAAACAGGCAGGAAACGUAUAUAAAAUACGAGAGUUCGAAUUGGAAAAGAUAGACCUGACCGAGACGUUCGACAUCGUGCAGAUCGUCGGCGAGGGAUGGUUCGGCAAGAUACUGUUGGUCGAGCACCGUGGCACGGACAACGAGAUGGUGCUGAAAUCGUUGCCCAAGAACUACACAGCUGUGAAGGACUUCUACCGCGAGUUCCAUUUCAGCUAUCACCUGAGCGCGCACCGCAACAUCGUGUCCACGUUCGACGUGGCAUUCCAGACGGCCGGCUUCUACGUGUUCGCGCAGGAGUACGCGCCGCUGGGCGACCUCACGUCCAACAUAUCCGACAACGGUAUCGGGGAGCUGCACAGCAAAUGCGUCGCGAAACAGCUGGUUUCUGCGAUCCAGUACAUACACAGUUACGACCUGGUCCACAGAGACAUCAAACUGGACAAUAUUUUAGUUUUUAAAAGCGACUUUUCCAGAAUAAAGCUAUGCGAUUUCGGCGAGACAAGAAAAAACGGCAGCUGGGUAACGCGUCGAAACGAAUGGAUUCCGUACAUGCCUCCCGAAAUCCUGGCCAUAGAUACCGAACACAAAUACAAAGUAGAAACUUCACAUGACGUUUGGCAGUUUUCGGUCGUACUGUUCGUGUGUUUGACGGGCUGCUUGCCGUGGCAGAAAGCCAGUUCUGAGGAUCCGAGGUUUGUCAGUUACGUUUAUUGGUUGUCUAGCAACGGCAUAAUGAGUCCGUUCCGGAGGCCUAAACUGUUCAAGAUGUUGACGUCCAACGCCCAAAGAAUGUUUCGAAAGUUCCUACAACCCAAUGUACAGACCAGGCCUAGUGUAUUGGACGAAAUACAAAAUUUUAUUGACGAACGGUGGCUGUCUAAAUACAUGUUGGACAAAAGUAAAGCUAUUUCAGACGAUAUUGACGAGCUAAGUCCGUCUCUGUACAGUUAUCAAACAGAUCAGGAGGAGAACAAGAAAUUCUUGCUGGCCUUUUCCAACUGUGGCAUCGAGACUGUCGUCGUUGAUAGAGCGACGAAGAAAGAACGCAUCAAACAGUGGAUCCAGUCAAGUGUCAUCGAAGAGGAAGAAGAAGAUGAUGACUCUAGCGAAGAAGCUAGUAAGUUGAGUUUAUCACGCAGAAGUAGCAGUGAUACAGAAGAAAACGAAUUGUAUGCGUUAGCCAAACGUGAUGUAUAGACUUUUACUAAAAUGGGUUUCCUACAAAAAUUCAAGUAUAAUACAUAUUGGUAUAUAAAAGACUGUAUAAAAUAUAUUGUGUACAUAUUUUUAUAUCUACAACAUUAAUACAACCCAAUCGUAGCAAACUUUUUCUUAGAAUGUAUUGGUAAAUAAUUUUACUCAUAUCGUUACAACGGUAAAAUACAUUUUAUAAAUUGUAUAAAUCUCUGGCCAUCUAUAUAAACUAAACACAUAAUAUUAACAAUUAGUAUA